ACUCGUCUACUAUACGGCCAACCCGGGAUCGAUUCUCGGCCCAGGUCCAUUGCCAGCCCUUCCCCAUCUCUCUCCUUCCCCACUUGCUUCCUAUCACCAUCUUCGCUGUACUAUCAUAAAUAAAGUCAAAAAGGCCAAAAAAAAUAUCUAGAGGAAGUAACAGCAUCAUCCACAAUGCAUCGUGGGAGGUUGAGUGCAUUUCACAUUCAACAUAAAGUAUUCUUUAAAAUAAAUUGUAAUAAUCAUAAUUGUCAUGUACACAUGCAAUAUUUUAAAAUAAAAAUCUUUAUUUGUGCAAGAAACGAAAUGGGGAAAACUUUGUGCAAAAACUGAAAUCUGUACAGCCUUUAUGGCUGCAGCCACAUGGGUAGGCCUAUAUCAGGAUCAUUGACUGGUGAACAAAAAAGGCAGAUGUUCUAAAGUAUUGCAAACGUGAAAUCUGAAGACACCUGCAACCUUGUAAUCAGCUACAGUAUUACUUCUUUUUUUUUGGACAUACCCUUUAUUUUUCUGUACAAGUCUGGGGCCGCAUCCCGCCCCUGGGCCUUACUGGUAUGUUUGACAUCCCUGAAUUAGAGGGAUGUCUAAUGCUGAAGCGAAAGCGAAAGCAGAUAUGAAUGUGGUCACUGAGAGAUUGGGGUCGUCUUAUUCUCAUCAACGACUGUACUCAUCUCUAUUGCUUCUCAGGUGCUAACAGAAAACGUGUCAAAGGCAGUGUUUUAAUUUCCUCUACAACUCACUAUUCUAACCUGAAUGGCAUUGGUUACAGCCCAAACCGUAACCAGACAUUUUCAAAUACUGAGGUCAAAUACAUACUGUACACUUCAGUCAAACUCUUAAGUUUGUUUUCAUUAAUCACUGCCUUGAGGAUAAAUGGGGGUGGUGUAUACAGACUGAAUUCAUCAUUGUUGAUCAUAUAUUGUUUUUCAUCAUAGAUCAAUUUCACAUUACUGAAAAACAAUACCGAGGACAUGACCUCUGUGUCCUCAAUGGUAGUUAUGGCCAUGGUUACAACACUCAGAUGUUGUGUUACGUUGGUGUUUUCCUGUCAGGAAGCAACAACAGGGUGGAUCAUAUUUGAAGAUUUCUACUCUGCAGGUCGUUUAGAGCACUAUACAUUUGCAAUUUCAACCCGUUGCAGAAUGUUGUUGUUGCCAUAUAUGGGGCAUCUGGAACACUUUUUUUCACCCGAGUGUUGUCGCGUUAACAGGGAAGUUUGAAAUACGUUUCUUACCCCGCCUUCGCCUUCAGAGUCCAACUGUCAUCAACUUAUUUUGAAACUGAAACCUUUUUUUGUGUCAAGCUUGUGGGUAUGUGUAAAGGCAUGAAAUCAAAAGUAUCAGCCAUUUCUCUCCAGCAUACAGUAGUUUACAAGAUUCACCGCUCUUCAAAGUAGGGUAGUCACACAGAGCUGUUAAAACUGGGACCAGUCAGAGACUGUGACGGUGACAGACACACUCGCCAUGGACAUUGCCACUCUUCUUACUUUCUUCUUGCUUUGCAUCAGCUCUGCUACAGCUCAUAACGACAAGGAGCAAGCAGCACAACCUGAUGGUUACCUAUCCACGAGGACUUGUGAAGGCACUCAGGACACUUCCUCAUCUGACACCUGCUCAAUCGAGAAAUCUCACGGUGACAACAUAUACUUGUCUCUUUGGGAAAAGAGUUUGGAUCAAGCGUACCAGACACUGAACUUGGACUUCAUACAGCACAUGGAGGCGGGAGACCUGCCCGUGGAUCGCUAUGUCAACUUCACCAUUCAGGAUAUCUACUAUCUUGUCAAGGUGACGGACAUGCUGAAGAACAUGAGCACGUCUGUGAAGAAGCCCGAGGAUUUGAGGCAGUUCUUCCAGGGCAGGUACAGCAGCUACAAGCGCUUCCAAGACCAUCUCCUCAGCAUCUUCUACCGUAAGGGUGUAUCUGACAUCAAACCAACUCCUGCCAUGAGAAAGUAUGUCUCUGACUAUGAGACCAUCAUGCGAACCAAGGAGCCCAUCUACUUCGCCGUGUCUCUCCUCCCUUGCUCACGACUGUGGGUGUGGCUGGCAAACAAAGUAGACAUGGCGCCGUCCAACGCUUAUUACGCAUGGAAGAAAGACAACAUGGGAGGCCGCCCGGAGAAACACUACGAGACCCUGCUCAACAAAUAUCUCACUCUGAACAAUACAGAAGCCUACCAUAUAUUCCGCACGCAGAUGCAGAAUGAACACGAUUUUUUUGCUACUUCAUAAAAUCAAGUCUUCUUUUAAGGGCUGGGACUCGAUUAAAAUCUAAAACAUAUAAUCACAUCAACUAAAGGCUUUAAAAUUAAUUAAUGGAAAUUAAUCGCAUAUUAAAUCACAUAUAAAUAUCUGAUCUGAGAACAGUGAGGGUUUUUUUUCCCACAUUUAUUUUGAAUGAGGAUAAUACACACAGGCCUAAGCUUAAUCAACAAAAUAUUGUUUCUUUUUUCCAAUGUGGUAGUUACCAAGAUCAACAGACCAGUGCAUUUUUAGUUAUUGCUAUUGGUAUUGGUAAACUAUAACAUUGGGAUUUUUUUUUUUGUAAAGCACAAUUCUUUCCAGCACCUUCAGAACAUUGUAGAACCUGACAAUCACAAAACAUCUCUCCGUUGCUUCAGAGGCUUUAACAGACUGUUGUUGAUUGUUGUCGUUGAUUCAUCAACAGUUGAUUGUAAAAAACGAAGAGAGAAAUCAAAUCAAUUUCAGCAGGCUGUACACCAUGGGGGGCUACCGCCAUUCCGACAUACCGCCAUUCCGACAGUAUUUGAUUGUCAUUCCGAGCCAUUCGAACAUUGUUGCAAGUAGUGAACAACGUUCUAACUCAACAAUGUUUGCAACAAUGUUGCUACAUGAGCGGAAGUGGAGAGAGUGACAGUGCAAUUACAGGAUUAGUGUAUAAUUUACUGUCUAAUUUUGUCACGGUCCAAAUGCCCUUACAGGUAUGGUCUGAAAAUAGUUCCUGCAAGCUGGAAAAAUUAUUCCUGCAAUAAAAAGUCAAUGUCGGAAUGGCGGUAUGUAACCGUACACCAUCAGGCGUAAUGCUUUUCUCUACUGGUCUACUUAUUAUUUGAAUGAAUGCUUAAAUUGCUAGAUUUACAUUGAAUAUUUCCCCAUUUUCCCCACUUUUUCUUUGAUGCACCAAAUGUUUUAUCAGUUUAAAGCCAUAUUGCUUAAAGGGGUAUGCCACUAUUUUGGGGCGUAGUACAGUUCGAAUCGUCGGCCAGAGUUUAUAAAGGUGGUGAAGUGUCUUAUUGUUCAUGUAAGCCAUUGUCUUGCUUUAUUAAGACAAGUUAAAAGAGGGAGCAUGUCGCUAAGCUAGUGAAAGUCAAUGGAUUCGUGUAGCAUGCUACAUGCUACAUUCAAGUUGUCUAUAAAAUGUAAUGUUAUUUCAUUCAAAAAAUAUUACUUCAUACAUCACCUCCAUCCAAACACGGAUGUCUUCUUGAAGCCAUUCUAUUCCCCAUAUUACUUUCAGUAUUUAAUGUUAAUCUGUUCAGUGAAGCUGAUAUUUUGGAUAAAAGUGGAAGGGUAAAGAAAUGCAGCUAAGUACUGUGUCAGAAAUGACACAAAAUGUGUUUGCUCAGGGACUAAACGUUUGAAUGUGUGUGCUGAGGGACAAUACAUUUUGUGUCAAUUGUUAGAUAUGUCAU